AUGGAACCUGAAGAAGGCGGGCCCCCUCCCCAGGGAGAAGAGGCUCCUCGCUCUUCGGAGGAGGCAGCCCCGCCUCCCCCGGAAAGCUCCGCCCCACCUCCUUCCGGAGACGAGGCCCCGCCUCCUCAGGCCGAGGAGGCCCCGCCCCCUCCGGCGGGAGAGGCCCCGCCCCCCGCGGGAGAGGCGGCUCCCUCGGAAGGCGUGACCCCGGCUCUUUCGACCUCGGUGGUUGAUUACCGCACCCUCGUUCCGUCGGAGGAGGAAGAUGAGGAGACGUCCCAGGCCAGAAUCCGGCCGAGGAUCGCGCCGCGGCCCGUGCAGUCGGUGCUGUCCGACGUGCUGUCCCAGUCUGCCCGGCGCCCGUCCAAGUUCCGCCGGAGCAUGAGUGGUAUCCCCAACCUGCAGGAAACGCUGAGAGAGAGACAGGCAAGAUUUAGAGACGCAAGGGAAAACCGAAAAACGAAAAUUGAUCCAGGAUACAAGUAUAUCUUUGAAAUUCUAGCAGAAAAGAUUGGCCUGGACCACGUCACUGUUGAAGAGUUAAUUUUGGACUGCCCGUCUCUGGAUCCGUUUAUCCAUUUUUUUGAGAAAGAUGGUUGUAAGACACUGAAGCUUUUGUAUCAGGAAGGAGAUGUACCUGGCAUUGAAUGUGGUCGGACAAUUGCUGGAGCAGGCAAAGGGUCAAAAAUGAUGAGGCUGUACGUGGACAGUGCUGCCCCGGACAAACUGAAAGGACUGUGCUUAUUUUUUGUUCGCUGUCGUAAUGAUGUUGCUUUAAAUGUUAAAAGUAUUCAUGAGGAUGUGCUGUUCACUGUUUUGGAUGCCUCCAAAGGACUUCUGAGUGGCAUUGGGAAGAUGCUGGCAAGUGUAUUUCUCCCAGCUAUCCUUGCAACAAGCAACUGGGGUGCUUUAAACCAGUCCAAACAGGGGGAGUCUGAAAGACAGAUUUUCACAGAAACCAUCAGCAGAUACCUUUCAUUUUUAGAUGGUGCUAGGAUAAGCAUUGAGGGAACAGUGAUGUUAAAGAAGAUAGACAAUGUCGAUUUUUCCAGACUGCUUACCUUCAAAGAAGUGACAAGUGCAGCAGGCAAUGCAGAAACAGUUCAUCAACUUGAAGAUGUUCUGAUGAUUUGGUAUAAACAGAUUGAGCAGGUACUGAUUGAGAGUGAGCAGAUGAGGAAGGAGGCAGACGAUUCAGGUCCACUCACGGAGCUGGAGCACUGGAAGCGCAUGUCAGCCAAGUUCAACUACAUUAUCGAGCAGAUUAAAGGGCCGAGCUGUAAGGCAGUCAUAAACGUGCUAAACGUCGCACACUCCAAACUUCUAAAGAAUUGGCGUGAUUUGGAUGCCAGAAUCACUGAUACAGCGAAUGAAUCAAAAGAUAAUGUUAGAUAUUUGUACACUCUGGAAAAAGUAUGUCAGCCUCUCUAUAACUAUGAUCUAGUUUCCAUGGCACAUGGGAUACAAAACCUGAUUAAUGCUAUCAGAAUGAUUCACGGUGUGUCGAGGUAUUACAACACCUCUGAGAGAAUGACCUCCUUGUUUAUCAAGGUAACAAAUCAGAUGGUAACGGCGUGUAAAGCGUACAUUACAGAAGGAGGACUAAUACAUGUGUGGGAUCAGGAGACACCAGUCGUGCUAAAGAAAAUUCAGGAUUGCAUUUUUCUGUUCAAGGAAUAUCAGGCAUCUUUUCACAAAACAAGGAAACAGAUUUUAGAAUCCUCAGGGGAAAAGUCUUUUGAGGUUUCGGAAAUGUAUAUAUUUGGAAAAUUUGAAGCUUUCUGUAAAAGGCUGGAGAAGAUUACAGAAAUGAUAACUAUUGUGCAAACAUAUUCAGCCUUAAGUAAUUCUACAAUUGAAGGAAUAGAUAUUAUGGCAAUAAAAUUCAAAAAUAUAUAUCAAGGAGUUAAGAAAAAGCAAUAUGACAUCCUGGAUCCAAGAAGGACAGAAUUUGACAAAGAUUUCUUAGAGUUUAUGACAAAAAUCAGUGCUUUAGAGGUACAAAUACAGGCAUUUAUGAACAGUACCUUUGGAAAAAUCCUAUCUUCUCAGCAGGCUCUUCAGUUACUUCAAAGAUUUCAGAAGCUGAGCAUUCCUUGUCUUCAAUUAGAGAUCAGUCACACAAUUGAGCGAAUUCUUCAGUAUUUUGUGGCUGAACUUGAAGCUACUAAGAAGCUUUAUCAUUCUCAGAAGGACGACCCCCCUCUUGCUCGCAAUAUGCCCCCAAUAGCAGGGAAAAUACUUUGGGUGAGGCAGCUCUAUCGCCGGAUCAAUGAGCCCAUCAACUAUUUCUUUAAAAACUCAGAAAUUUUGUCAAGUGCAGAAGGGAAAGCUGUCAUCCGACAGUAUAACAAAAUCUCCUAUGUGCUGGUGGAAUUCGAGGUGGUCUAUCACACAGCCUGGGUCAAAGAGAUUUCACAGUUGCAGUACGCUUUACAAGCCACGCUCUUUGUGCGACAUCCAGAAACAGGGAAGUUACUGGUUAAUUUUGACCCCAAAAUUUUGGAAGUUGUGCGGGAAACGAAGUGCAUGAUCAAGAUGAAGCUGGAUGUUCCAGAACAGGCCAAGAAAUUGCUAAAAUUGGAAAGCAAGUUGAAAGCAGACAAACUCUACUUGCAGGGUCUUCUGCAGUAUUAUGAUGAUUUAUGUCAGGAAGUGCCUUCUGUGUUUGUCAAUCUGAUGACCCCUAAAAUGAAACAGGUGGAAUCUGUGUUGCGGGAAGGGCUCACCAUAUUGACGUGGUCAUCUUUAACUCUGGAAAGCUUCUUUCAGGAAGUUGAAUCCGUUUUGGAUAUGUUCAACCAACUUUUAAAGAAGGUCAGUGACUUGUGUGAAAUGCAUAUUGAUACAGUUCUAAAGGAGAUAGCCAAAACUGUGCUGAUUUCCUUGCCUGAAAGUGGUGCUACCAAAGUAGAAGAUAUGUUGACCCUCAAUGAGACAUACACAAAAGAAUGGGCUGAUAUUCUAAACCACAAAAGUAAGCAUGUGGAAGAAGCUGUCAGAGAACUGAUAUUAAUAUUUGAGCAAAUUUAUGAAGUUAAGUACACUGGGAAAACAGGAAAAAAGCUGCCAGUGGAACAGCCGAAACAUGUCGUUUUUGGAAGCGAAACGGAAGAGGGUGAUAGCGUUGACUAUGACGUUGAGGUUGAGAAGGCUGCUGACACUAAUGACAAAGAAGAUGAGUUUAAAAAGGAAUGCAAAGAAGUCUAUGCCUUUUUCUCUCAUCAAUUACUAGACAGUCUUCAAAAAGCUACACGCUUGUCUCUGGAUACAAUGAAAAAGAGAAUAUUUGUUACAAGCCAGUAUGGACGGAAGUGGCCAGAGGACAUUAUUUCCUUCAUAAAAACAGAAGUGCAUCUUGCAAUUCCUAAUGUGGUGAUGGUGCCUAGCCUGGAUGACAUUCAGCAAGCCAUCAAUCGCAUGAUCCAGUUGACCCUGGAGGUCAGCAGAGGGGUGGCUCACUGGGGACAGCAGCAAGCCCGCCAUGUCAAACCAGUUCUCAGCAGUCCCACCCAAACCACUGCUGACCCGAAUCAGCCCAGCACAGGAAAACAGCUCAAGAAGGAAGAGAGAUCGUUUGAAGAAAUCAUUCCUGCGAGGAAGCUGAAGAAUUUUUAUCCUGGGGUGGCAGAGCACAAGGACAUUUCCAAGCUGGUCCUCCUCCUUUCUUCCUCUGUGAAUUCUCUAAGGAAGGUGGCCCAUGAGGCCCUGCAGGACUUUCAGAAGUACAAGACUCUUUGGACAGAGGACCGCGAUGUGAAAGUGAAGGAGUUUUUGGCCAACAACCCCUCUCUGACUGAAAUCAGAUCAGAAAUCCUCCACUAUGCUACUUUCGAGCAAGAGAUUGAUGAGCUGAAGCCUGUCAUAGUGGUGGGGGCACUUGAAUUGCACACGGAGCCAAUGAAAUUAGCCUUAUCAAUUGAGGCGAAGGCAUGGAAGAUGUUACUGUGUCGGUACUUGAAUGAAGAAUACAAAAAGAAAAUGUCAGACAUGAUAGCAUUUAUCAAUGAAUACUUGAAAAAGCUAUCUAGACCCAUUCGUGAUUUAGAUGAUGUCAGAUUUGCAAUGGAAGCCUUGUCGUGUAUCCGUGAUAAUGAAAUUCAGAUGGACAUGACUUUGGGACCAAUUGAAGAAGCCUAUGGGAUUUUAAACAGAUUUGAAGUUGAAGUAACCAAAGAAGAAUCCGAAGCGGUUGAUACCUUGAGAUAUUCUUUCAAUAAAUUGCAGAGCAAAGCUGUUUCUGUGCAAGAUGAACUGGUUCAAGUGCAACCAAAGUUUAAAAGUAAUCUCCUUGAGGCUGUAGAAACUUUUCGCGAGGAUGUCACCAACUUCGCAGAAGCAUAUGAGACGGAAGGACCCAUGGUUCCAAAUAUUCCACCCCAAGAAGCUAGCAACAGGCUACAGAUAUUUCAGGCCAAUUUUGAUGAUCUCUGGAGGAAAUUUGUAACUUAUUCAUCUGGCGAACAACUUUUUGGAUUGCCAGUGACUGACUAUGAGAUUUUGCAUAAAACCAGAAAAGAGCUCAACUUGCUGCAGAAGCUGUAUGGGCUGUAUGACACUGUCAUGGGCAGUAUCAGUGGUUACUAUGAAAUCCUUUGGGGAGAUGUGGACAUUGAAAAAAUCAACGCAGAAUUGCUGGAGUUUCAAAACCGAUGCCGUAAGCUUCCCAAAGGACUUAAAGAUUGGCAAGCUUUCUUGGAUCUCAAGAAAAGAAUUGAUGAUUUCAGUGAGUCUUGCCCUCUACUAGAAAUGAUGACCAAUAAGGCGAUGAAGCAGAGACACUGGGAUCGAAUCUCUGAGUUAACUGGAACCCCAUUUGAUGUGGAAUCGGACUCUUUUUGUCUCAGAAAUAUAAUGGAAGCACCACUCCUCAAAAAUAAGGAUGACAUUGAGGAUAUUUGCAUAUCUGCCAUUAAGGAAAAGGACAUAGAAGCCAAGAUGACUCAGGUGGUUGAUAAUUGGACAAACCAAAACCUAAGUUUUGCAGCAUUUAAAGGGAAGGGUGAGCUUCUGCUCAAAGGAACCGAAUCAGGAGAGAUUAUCACCUUGAUGGAGGACAGCUUAAUGGUCUUAGGUUCCUUGCUAAGCAACAGAUAUAAUGCUCCAUUUAAGAAAAAUAUCCAAAACUGGGUGUAUAAAUUGUCCACUUCCUCAGAUAUAAUUGAAGAGUGGCUGGUGGUACAGAACCUUUGGGUCUACCUUGAGGCCGUCUUUGUAGGUGGAGAUAUCGCCAAACAGCUGCCUCAGGAAGCAAAACGUUUUCAGAAUAUUGACAAGGCAUGGAUAAGAAUAAUGCAGAGAGCUCAUGAAAACCCCAAUGUGAUUAGUUGCUGUGUCGGAGACGAAACCAUGGGGCAACUUUUGCCUCAUUUACACGAACAGUUGGAAGUAUGUCAGAAGUCACUUUCAGGGUAUUUGGAGAAGAAGCGAUUAUUGUUCCCAAGAUUUUUCUUUGUAUCUGAUCCAGUUCUCCUGGAAAUCCUUGGACAAGCCAGUGAUUCCCAUACCAUACAGCCACAUCUUCCUGCCGUAUCUGACAAUAUAAACGAGGUGACAUUUCAUCCCAAAGACUACGAUCGUAUGAUGGCUGUUAUAUCAAGAGAAGGAGAAAAAAUUGUUUUGGAUUCUGCUGUGAUGGCCAAGGGACCCGUGGAGAUUUGGCUUCUGGACUUGUUAAAAUCUCAGAUGUCAUCAUUACAUAACAUAAUCAGAUCUGCAUUCUAUCAAAUCAGUGAUUCAGGAUUUCAACUCUUACCUUUCCUCCAUCACUUUCCAGCCCAGGUUGGCCUUCUGGGAAUUCAGAUGUUAUGGACACAUGAUUCAGAAGAGGCUUUAAAUAAUGCAAAAGAUGACAGGAAAGUCAUGCAAGCUACCAAUCAGAAAUUUUUGGAUAUUUUAAAUACUCUUAUUAGUCAGACAACUCAUGACCUAAGCAAGUUUGAUAGAGUAAAAUUUGAAACUCUAAUUACCAUCCAUGUGCAUCAGAGAGAUAUUUUUGAUGAUUUGGUAAAAAUGCACAUCAAAUCAGUUACUGAUUUUGAAUGGCUAAAACAGAGUAGAUUUUAUUUCAAGGAAGAUUUGGAUCAAACUGUGGUAUCUAUCACAGAUGUUGAUUUUAUUUACCAAAAUGAAUUUCUGGGAUGCACUGAUCGUCUUGUUAUCACUCCAUUAACAGAUAGAUGUUAUAUCACGCUGGCACAGGCAUUGGGAAUGAACAUGGGAGGUGCUCCAGCAGGACCUGCCGGCACUGGCAAAACAGAAACCACAAAAGACAUGGGCAGGUGUUUGGGAAAAUAUGUGGUUGUGUUCAACUGCUCAGAUCAAAUGGAUUUCAGAGGGCUAGGAAGGAUUUUCAAAGGUCUUGCACAGUCGGGUUCCUGGGGCUGUUUUGAUGAGUUUAACAGAAUCGAAUUGCCUGUAUUAUCAGUGGCGGCCCAACAAAUUUAUAUUGUUUUGACAGCAAGAAAAGAAAGGAAAAAACAGUUCAUUUUUUCUGAUGGUGAUUGUGUUGAUCUAAAUCCAGAAUUUGGAAUCUUCUUGACAAUGAACCCUGGAUAUGCUGGGCGCCAGGAACUGCCAGAAAACUUAAAAAUCCAGUUUAGAACCGUUGCUAUGAUGGUUCCUGAUAGACAGAUCAUUAUGCGAGUUAAACUUGCAAGCUGUGGUUUUCUAGAAAAUGUUAUCUUGGCUCAAAAAUUUUAUGUUCUUUACAAACUCUGUGAAGAGCAACUUACUAAGCAGGUCCAUUACGACUUUGGAUUGAGAAAUAUUCUGUCUGUACUGAGGACACUUGGAUCUCAAAAAAGAGCCAGGCCAGAAGAUAGUGAAUUAAGCACUGUCAUGAGAGGACUAAGAGAUAUGAACCUUUCCAAAUUGGUUGAUGAAGAUGAACCCCUGUUCCUCAGCUUAAUCAACGACCUGUUUCCAGGGUUACAGCUGGAUAGCAGUACCUAUGUGGAACUGCAGGCUGCAGUAGCCAACCAGGUUGAGCUGGAAGGUUUGAUUAACCACCCACCCUGGAACCUCAAACUUGUGCAGUUAUAUGAGACAUCUCUGGUACGGCAUGGCUUAAUGACCCUUGGGCCCAGUGGUUCUGGGAAGACAAUGGUUAUCACCAUUCUGAUGAAGGCAUUGACCGAGUGUGGACGGCCUCAUAGAGAAAUGCGGAUGAACCCAAAAGCUAUCACUGCCCCUCAGAUGUUUGGCAGACUGGACACUGCUACCAAUGACUGGACAGAUGGGAUUUUUUCUACUCUGUGGAGAAAAACAUUAAAAGCUAAAAAAGGCGAAAACAUUUUCCUCAUCUUAGAUGGCCCUGUGGACGCCAUUUGGAUCGAGAACUUAAACUCUGUGUUGGAUGAUAACAAGACCCUCACGCUGGCUAACGGAGAUCGGAUUCCCAUGGCUCCUAGUUGUAAGCUUUUAUUUGAGGUCCACAAUAUUGAGAAUGCCUCGCCUGCUACAGUCUCUAGGAUGGGUAUGGUGUACAUCAGCAGCUCUGCUCUCAGCUGGAGGCCAAUACUGCAGGCCUGGUUGAAGAAGCGCACUGCACAGGAAGGCACUGUAUUCUUGGCUCUGUAUGACAAAGCGUUUGAAGAUACAUAUACAUUUAUGAAACUAAACCUCAAUCCCAAAAUGCAGCUCUUAGAAUGCAACUAUAUUAUGCAAUCUCUCAAUCUUCUGGAAGGUUUAAUUCCCUCCAAAGAAGAAGGUGGAGUUUCAUGUGUGGAGCAUCUUCAUAAAUUAUUUGUGUUUGGCCUAAUGUGGAGUCUCGGAGCCCUUCUGGAGCUGGAAAGCAGAGAAAAGCUUGAAGUCUUUUUACGAAAUCAUGGAAGCCACCUAGACUUGCCUGAAAUACCUGAAGGCACAAAUCAGACCAUGUAUGAGUUUUAUGUUACUGAUUAUGGGGAUUGGGAGCACUGGAAUAAGAAACUUCAGCCGUAUUACUAUCCAACUGACAGUAUUCCGGAAUACUCAUCAAUUUUGGUUCCAAAUGUUGACAAUAUUAGGACAAAUUUUCUGAUAGACACCAUUGCAAAACAAUAUAAAGCUGUUUUACUCACAGGAGAGCAGGGAACUGCAAAAACCGUCAUGGUGAAAGCCUACUUGAAAAAAUAUGAUCCUGAAGUCCAGCUGUCCAAAGUUCUAAACUUUUCUUCUGCCACAGAACCAAUGAUGUUUCAGAGAACAAUCGAAAGCUAUGUGGAUAAGCGAAUGGGAAGCACAUAUGGGCCUCCAGGAGGGAGGAAAAUGACUAUCUUCAUUGAUGAUAUUAAUAUGCCCAUGAUUAAUGAGUGGGGAGAUCAGAUAACUAAUGAGAUUGUACGGCAGAUGAUGGAGAUGGAAGGAAUGUAUAGCUUGGAUAAACCUGGAGACUUCACCACCAUUGUUGAUGUGCAGCUCAUAGCAGCAAUGAUUCACCCUGGAGGUGGGCGAAAUGAUAUUCCACAACGCUUAAAAAGACAGUUCACUGUGUUCAACUGCACAUUGCCUUCAAAUACAUCAAUAGACAAAAUUUUUGGAAUUAUUGGCUGUGGCUACUUCGAUCCUUGUAGAAAGUUCAAACCUCAGAUAUGUGAGAUGGUUGGGCAGCUAGUCUCCGUGGGAAGAGUGUUGUGGCAGUGGACUAAGGGAGCAAACAUUCUGACCGAAUGUUUCCGUAUGUAUGUGGUAUUAACUAGAAACCAGACACGACAUCCAAGAAAAAGCAGAAUUUUUGCUGAAAUGAGAACACUGCUUUUCCACUUGUGA